AUGUGUCUCUACACUUUUGACAAUCCUGCUAUCAGCGAAGGUGCCACCGUGAUGAACAGAGUUCCUUAUGAUGCUUGUCCUUUCGAGUCCCUCAAGCCUGAAGGAGGUUUAGUAACGAGCUUGAACACAAACUCCUCGUUUUGGCAGCUUGGAGUCCGUCUCACUAAUCAUCCCAACAACGACACCAAACAUGUGCAGCUUUCAUCGAUCGGCACAGUUGCGGCGCGAGACUUCUUCACGACGGCAGCUGUACAUAAUAACAGUCAGAACAACUCGGGCGUGACGUUCGAGAUGGUGAUCCGACGCCGUGCGAUAGCUAGCCACAGUAUGACGUUGUUCUCCAUUGCCAACGAAUUCGACAACUGCGUGGAUCCCGGCUUUCGGCUCGACUUGAACGAGCACCAAGUGCUAGCAUUUAUCUACUUUUUACCAGUGCUAGAGGAAGGUGGAGAAGCCGGAGUCGAGACCUGCUACGAGCAGCGGCUUUUUUCAGUGGAUAACUCAGCAGCAUGCCAGCUUCCACCUCUUUUGGAACCGGCUGAACGAACGCCACCCGUUCAGAUCACUGUCACGUUGGAUCCGUCAAGCAAGAGAGGUCUCUGGAAAACCGAUUUCUACAUGAGCUACACAGAUGUUGAGACGAACCAACGAGUUGACUGUAUGGUGCACGAUGAACAGUCAUUGCCUGACACCCAGCUGCUCAACAAACUGAUAGAAGGCCGAUACCAAUUGUACGUAGGUAACAGCCCUCGUAACGUUACUUCGCCAAGACAACGCAAACGUUUGGCCCCUGCUCGAGAAUUUCUACACUUGAGUAAUAUGAGUAGGCUGAAUGCUACGGAGAGGCUACGUGUAGUGCUAAAACAGAAGUUGAUGAGCAUCCGUGGUCCGCGUUUGCCCAAAGCUAUGCGAAUUUUCGGUGACGACUCGCUCUCAUUGCACAUUUUGGGGACUACGUUUCCACCGUUGAGCGAGGACACGCCAUUAGCUUACCUUCGAAGUAAGUUUGCAGAUUUCAAGGAGAAGUACGGGGACCAGAUUGUCGACUAUUUGGUCAAAUUGGUGCAGCACAAGGCAAAAGGUUCGGUUGUUGUGCAGCAAUCUCAAGACAUGAGCGGCCAAAGCAGUAUCAAAAGUGAUGACUUUUCCAGAUUCGUGCUGUUUCAAGGUGCAGAAAGCGCGAGCUUUGACCUUUUCCAUUUUGCUAUCUACCGUUGUGUGGUAUCAGAAGACCAAGUAAACGCUAUUUCAAAGCAGCAAAUGAUGCCGUCUCGCCAAUUCCCAUCUCUGCAGCAAACUGUGCGAAUACCUGAAGACUCGCUCGUGUUGUUGAAUCUGACGAUGCUUCAUGGUAUUUACGAUGACGUGCGUCUCGAGCUACGAGGUAUACCAGAAUUUGGGCAGCUUCUACUAUUUCCUAACAAGACUUUGGUCACUCGGAGCAACAAGGACGCGUUUCGACGGCUACCACUGGAAUAUCAGCGUAAGAUAUUCUUUCGCCCAGAACCAGACCAGAACAACGACAACCUUCCUCUGCCAAACCCCGUGGCAUUCUCGCGCAGAUUGAAGCCAUAUGCUUCCGUCAAGUAUGGCAUAGCCGAUAGUAUCAUAGGUCGGGCUGUAAACACGAGCAUGGAAGCAAACAUUGACAUAUUCGUGGAUGCUAUGAACGAUGCACCACGUCCACGAAGAAUGGUGUCAGAAGUUUGGGUUGAGAUUGGCGUUCCUGUUACUCUGGACCUGAGUGGCGAUGAUAAUGACGGAGCUCCAAAAGACAACACUGUAUCACCACCAAACACUGACAUCACCAACUCUAGCGAGUUUUUGUCGAGCUUUACUUUCAGGAACGCAACAAUCACCAGUUCCAAUCUGCAGUGGACCAAGAUUGAACGAGUACCGCGGUUUGGCAAGUUGUUCGAUUGCAAUUCAAGUUGUAGCGCACUAGCGUUUUCACGAAUCCAGAAUCUGCAAUCUUUGGAAUCCACUCGAAUACAUCAAAACAAUGAGUACAUUAUGAACGCGACCCAUUCCACCAACUUGAUGUACAUUUAUCACGGAUGGGACCAAAAUGGGCGUGAAAGUACGUCAUCUGUAGUUGAUGAGCUCUGGUAUAAACUGUCUGAUGGAGAUCCUGGUGUUUUCUCAGCUAUUGCUGUGAUCAAAUUUAUUCUCGUGAACGGCAUGGAUAAUCCAGUGGACCACAAUGCGCUUGCAGUCGUUCAACUUGAAGAAGAGUCUCUCAAACUAUUGAAUAUCAUUUCGUUGGAUCCUUUGGCAGCGUUUUUCAACGUCAAAACACGACUCAAAGUGACAGCGUUACCACAGCAUGGGGCUCUUUUUCAGUAUGACAACCGUGAUAGUAUGGAUGCAGACAACAUGUCCCUGCAGUAUGUUGGGGCACGCAUCUCAACUCUCGACCCUAUCAUUUCAGACGUUGAAGGCAGGGUAGUUUACGUACCCCACGUCGAUUAUUUCAAUCAGGAGUCGAAGUCUUCACUCAUUAGACCAAUUGACUUCGACUACUUCGAGUACGAAGUCUUGAACACCACAAUACCAACCAAUGCCUCGUUCAUAGUGGCUGAGCAAUCGGCUGGUGCAAAGUUUGUGAAUGAAUCGAAAGCGCGCAGAAUUGAGUUGGCGGUUGUGAACGUCCCGGACGAUCUGGUUGUUCUUCCUCCUUUUGUAUUCACACCAAACGUGUCGAGUGGCAAUCCCGUUUCGACUCCUGUCAUGUUCGAAGACCCUGACUGCACAAAUUCUGACAAGUUGUACCAAGUGAACCUCGAGGCAGGCGACGGCGUAUCUGAGUUUGAGCUUGGAUUUGCUGUCACUGAUGACAAUGUAAUGGCUGAGUGUCCAUUUGAACGCCCGUGCACGCUCAUUCGACACGCAGACGGACCUUCCUUAAACGCAAGCUCAAACAGAAAUCAUGAGCUGCAGUUUCACAUUACUACGCAGCUCUAUGAUUCUUCACAUAUCCAGGUGACAGGAACGAAGGCUGCACUUAGUAGAGCUCUCUCAGCACUUACAUUUCGUGACAUGUCCGGUAUCUCCAGCUCCCAUACAGCAGAAGCUACACUUUAUGUGAAGCGUAUUGGCCUUGUCAACGGUAGUGAUGCUGAUACGCCUCAAGCCCAAACCACGUUCACGAUCAAGUUCCUAAACAAUGAUCAAAGCGACUCCAUCGCCGGACAUGAUGUGGCUACGGGGUUGAAUUCAGAGCUAAAGCGAUAUCUCACAACUUUACUCGUUCUGAUGGCAGGGUGGAUCGUGUUGUCCAAUGCUUCAUGCGUGUCGAUCGGAUUUUGUUGUUGUUGUUGCGGCAGAACGCAUAAGAAACGACGACAGAAGUUUGAGCAACAGCAGCGGCUCUUUCGAUCACAAGUCGCGCAAAAUGAUCAUGAAUAUUCGGUGCUGCUUAUGGAUCUGGCAAACUUACUGUUGGAGCCAAACAUGUUGGUGACCACGUGCGUACUAAAGUGUUGUGUGACUUCCAAAGGCAGUCAGGCAUCCAAAGAGCUACUUACACAAGCCUUUGUCUUGCGAAGUCUUUUUCCAUUGUUGGAAACGGAGCGCCAGGGAACUCGAUUUGUCUUCCAGCUCAUUGCGACCGAAUACUCGGAAGGAAUCGUCUCCACAGGAGAUGCGGCACUGUUCGCACAUCAAAGAUUUUUGCUGAAACACAGCAUUGCUAGUAAAGCCCUCGCGUGUUUCUGUCGCAUCAUGGGAGCUAAGUGGCUUUCAACGCUCUUGGCACCAGGUAACGAUACAACUUCAUUGUAUCUGAGAGACACCGUCUUGGAGCUUGAGAACCUACUCGAUAGACUUGCCAAGCAAGUUGCAACACUUCCUGCCGAGAUAGUUAUCCUGUGUCGCGGGUGUAUCACACUAUUGCAUCAAGAUGAAGGUGGUCAAGGUCGUAAGAUGGAAUUGAGUGCGGUGCAUCUUGUUUUCUUCAACCAUUUUCUUGGACCAGCCUUACUUUUUCCACGAGAUAGCGUGUCUGGGUUUACUCCAUCACUUGAAACGCAAAAGACGUUUCGAGCCAUGGCUUAUCAGAUCGUAAGUUUUACUACCCAUUGGAUUGACUCAAACACUACGGACGACAUGCAAUGUCGAAGUACUAGUACUGAUACUCUACUUCAUACAUUCUCGUCCGAGACCCAAAACAUGGCAACAUGUCGAGCGAAAUACGAAGCAAUGUUAGAAGAAAUAGCUCAGUCUCCAGCAGUCACAAGCUCAUACAAUCCCAGUGAGCUGAAAUCUGAUGUCGACUGCGGCCUCAUGGGCUUAUGUCUCAUGAACGUCCACAGUUUGUUGGACAGCUACUUUACCGAAUUCAGACGAAAACUGCUCUCGACUCAGACUUCCACAAAUGUCGAGCAGACACAAGUCACACUAACUCGUAUGAGUCGCUUAUUGAAAGCACUUGGUUGGCCAUUGGUCAGUAGUAUUCACGAAUAUGUUGAAUAUGCACGACCGGACCUUUUGAACGAUCCACUGCUCUGGAAUGGCUUUAGUUUUCAGGAAUGGCAAGAGCGAGUAGUGACACCAAAGUUGCCCAAGCAAGUGAUCUAUCAUGGUCAAGUGAAGCGUGAGAAUUUCGAGUCAAUUGUCAUUGAUCAAGCCAUUCUCGAGCAAGAUGAUCAAUCGCCACAUGAUGUAGAUUGGCUUAGCACGUAUUAG